AUGUCCAUGGUUUCGAAGACCCCAUUUCAGCUAACUGGCCGCUAUGCUGAACACAAUAAAUGGGAAAACAUCGAUGGCCCUGGUGAUUCUCGUGUCACCGGCUCUCGAGUCAUUGCAGAUGAGGGCCUUGUCGGAGCCUGGGUCGACAAGGUUAUUCUGAUUACUGGUGUCUCUUCUGGCAUUGGCCUGGAAACAGUUCGUGCGCUCGCCUCGACCGGCGCAACUAUCUUUGGCACAGCCCGCAACAUCGAGAAGGCAGAAAUAGCCUUGAAACCGCUGCUGAACUCUGCCAGAGUGCACCUGUUGUUCAUGGACCAGACGGAUUUAUCUAGCGUUCGCGCCACUGCCGCCGAGUUUCAAAAAAGGAGUCACAGACUUCAUGUUCUGAUCAACAACGCAGGUGUCAUGAAGACACCAGAAGGGAGGACCAAGGAUGGAUAUGAGCUGCAAUUCGGCACCAACCACCUGGCGCACUUUCUGCUAUUCAAUCUGCUCAAGGAUACAUUGAUAGCCAGCGCCACCGCCCAGUUUCACUCUAGGGUCAUCAAUGUAUCUUCUUCUGGUCAUCGAUAUGGCCCUUUGCGUCUCGACAACAUCAACUUCGAAGGGGCAUACGACGGUUGGGCUGCGUAUGGUUCGAGCAAGACGGCCAAUAUACACAUGGCAACUCAGAUCGAGAGACUCUACGGGGGAAGCUGUCUGCAUGGUUAUAGUCUCAACCCCGGCAGCAUGGUGAGCCCGAAUCUGCAGAAAUUCUGUCCAGAUGAGAUCGCUGCAAUAAAAGGCAACGAGAGGAUGGAGAAGUACUUUGUUAAUAUGGAGCAGGGCUGUGCGACAAGCGUAUACGGCGCUGUGUCCAAGGACCUCGAGGCAAAGGGUGGGCUAUACUUGGAAGGGGCAUCGAUUGCCGGGCCUUGCCCUGAGGAUGGUGACCAGGUAGAGUAUGGUUAUGGAAGCUGGGCAUUUGAUAAGGAGAAGGAGGAGCAGUUGUGGGAACUGAGUAAGAAGAUGGUGGGGAUUGCAUAA